AUGGUUGGGGCAAAUCACUCCGUGGUGUCAGAGUUUGUGUUCCUGGGACUCACCAAUUCCUGGGAGAUCCGACUUCUGCUCCUCGUGUUCUCCUCCAUGUUUUACAUGGCCAGCAUGAUGGGAAACUCUCUCAUUUUGCUAACUGUGACUGCUGACCCUCACUUGCACUCCCCCAUGUAUUUUCUGUUAGCCAACCUCUCCUUCAUUGACCUGGGUGUUUCCUCUGUCACUUCUCCCAAGAUGAUUUAUGACCUGCUCAGAAAGCACAAAGUCAUCUCCUUUGGAGGCUGCAUCACUCAAAUAUUCUUUAUCCACGUCAUUGGCGGUGUGGAGAUGGUGCUGCUCACAGCCAUGGCCUUUGACAGGUAUGUGGCCAUAUGUAAGCCUCUCCACUACCUGACCAUCAUGAGCCCAAGAAUGUGCCUGUUCUUAGUGGCUGCCUGGAUGACCGGCCUUAUCCACUCUGUAGUUCAAUUGGUUUUUAUAGUAAAUUUGCCCUUCUGUGGUCCUAAUGUAUUGGACAGCUUUUACUGUGACCUUCCUCGGUUCAUCAAACUUGCCUGCACAGACACCUACCGACUGGAGUUCAUGGUUACAGCCAACAGUGGAUUCAUCUCUUUGGGCUCCUUCUUCGUACUGAUCGUUUCCUAUGUUGUCAUCAUUCUCACUGUGCUGAAACAGUCUUCAGCUCGUUUAUCCAAGGCUCUGUCCACACUUUCAGCUCACAUCAGUGUGGUAGUUUUGUUCUUUGGCCCUUUGAUUUUCAUCUAUACGUGGCCCUAUCCCUCUACACACCUGGAUAAGUUUCUGGCCAUCUUUGAUGCAGUUCUCACUCCUGUUUUAAAUCCUAUCAUCUACACAUUCAGGAAUCGAGAAAUGAAGGUGGCAAUGAGGAAAGUAUGCAGACAACUAGUAAAUUACAGGAAGAUCUCCUAA